GGUCGCGCGCUGCAUGAUGUCAUUCAUCAGCACACACUCACACAUAGCAGUGGCACCACAGCCGACACGACAGCGACCCGCACGCCUGUUUACAUUUCCAAACGCCAGAUUAUUCUCAACUGCACGCAGUGACAUCACGGCGUACCGUGUCUGUGAUUUAAUUUAUUAUUAAUCGUAUAAACUUAGUUGUUAGUUCAAAAUGGCCAACAACAGAGCAGCCAAAUCUGGAUUAGCCGCGGAGGCACAAAGAAAGAUCAACAGCAAAUACAGCGAGGAGUUGGCUGAGGAGUGCUUAGAAUGGGUCCGCCAGAUCACAGGCGAGCCCCAGAACACGUCCGGAGAUAUGGAUAACUUUUUCGAAGUGCUUAAGGACGGCACUCUUUUGUGCAAAUUGGUGAACAACAUCAAGCCGGGCAUGGUGAAGAAGGUGAACGAAUCCAAGAUGGCGUUCAAAUGCAUGGAGAACAUCAACGCGUUCCUGGAAGCAGCGCGUCAGCUCGGCGUGCCCGCGCAGGAGACCUUCCAGACCGUAGACCUGUGGGAACGGCAGAACUUGAACUCUGUCGUUAUAUGCCUCCAGUCCCUCGGGAGAAAAGCACAUAACUUCGGCAAGCCGUCGAUAGGACCAAAGGAAGCUGAGAAGAACGUACGUAACUUCACGGAGGAGCAGCUGAGAGCUGGACAAGGCGUCAUCUCCCUACAGUAUGGCUCCAACAAGGGCGCCAACCAAAGCGGCAUCAACUUCGGGAAUACAAGACACAUGUAGACGUGCCUUUACUGAUUUAACGAACGUAGAAAUAUUAUAUGAACUGUUUUAUUUCGUCAAAUUAAUAAGCAUUUCGAAAUACAGACUGUUCAUUUUUACAUGAGAUUGCCUUGUUCUUGACUUAUUUUCUCAACUACGAAUUUAAUUGUUGAAAUAUAU